GUCGCUUGCGGGAUUUUAUUAAGCGCAGUUCAGCCCGAGCUCAAACGGUUAACGGUUCAAGGUUUAUCGGCAGUGAUAACUCGUAUCACAUCAUGAUUAAUAAAUACUCGGCACUCUUUGUUAUCUUCAGCAUCUGCUGGUGCUACAGUGCUGGCAAUAAUUAUGAUCAUUAUGGCUAUGAUUCAAGCACAAGCAGCGAACGCAUUAAUGCCGCCGUACGUUGUGUUAACGUUCAUCAAGCCAAUGUGGAUCUGAAGCAGAUGAUGGGUCUCUGGUAUGGCAGUGAGGUUGUUAUACACAGUCAAGCUAUUUCUGGAGUCUACGAGUACGAUUCGUGUGUUAUGAUUCACCUGACAGAUGUGACAGAGCAGGUUCUCAAUAGCAAUAGCUAUAAUAACAAUAACAAUUAUGGCUACAAUAACAACUAUAACAAUCGAAAUCAGAAUCCAAAUCCAAAUCAAAAUCAAAACAAUUACGGACGCGUCUCGACCACACCUCAAUAUUUGGAUCGUGAUGAUUAUGUGCAACAACAGCAACUGCAACAGCAGCGCACAAAGUAUCUACGUCUGGUGUGGAGCGAGCGGGAUAAUAAUUUGGAAUAUACCUUCAACUAUACGACAGAUUCACCUGGCAUCUGGUCCAACAUUGGGGAUCAACGUGGCUCCCUUGUCACCCUCAACAAGUACACUCAAUUCUCGGGCACUGUGCAGGUGGUGAAGGCGGUCAAUGAUCAUUUGGUGUUGACCUUCUGUGGCAAUGAUGUCAAGAGCUCCAUUUACACUGCGGUCCUAUCACGCAAUCGCCUGGGCUUAAGUUCUGAUGAGCUGCGCAGCAUUCACAGUUUGCUCAAUCGUCGCGGUCUCCAUGUGGAGAACAUUCGCCAGGUUUGCAACGCGGCGGCAACUUUGGGCGGUGGCAUGCUUCCCCUUUCGCUGUCACUUUCGCUGCUUUUUCUGCUGCUGCUGUGGUGUCGUCGCCAGUGAGGCAGCUGCGUUAAUGGACGCACAAGGAAGCACAUAUUCCAGCCAUAUUUUAUGUUAAUUUAUCAAUAAUUUACUUACUUAAGCAUUUAACUCUCGGUCAAUACAACACUGCUAACCAAAACCUCAAGUCAAGUUUCCAUUGCCUUAAUUGUUCGUCUUCUCAAUUAAACUCAAUUAGUUGCCUAACCCCCCUUAAAAAAAGCAUGACUAGUCUAGCUAAGGCUAAUGCCUUGUAGGCGUUAAAUGCGCUUUUAAUUCAAUUAGCAACUCUAGACAAACAUCUCGUUUAAAAAGCUUAACACAACAUUUUCCGGUCAGCAAUUAAUUCCCACGACCGCCUGAAAGCAGGCAACAUUUAUUUUCAUUUUAAACUUAUACGCCCUCUGCUCAUUAGCAGAUGAUUAUGAUAAGCCUUAUCAAGCUACAGCUGCGCUUAUCAGUGCUAGGUAACCGCUGGCACAGAGUCUGUUAGUUGAGUUUGUAAUCUUUACAAUUUACCUUAUCUUCGAGUAACAAAACACACGCGACAAGGUGCAAAUAUCCUUGAGUGCUGAACUAAUUUUUGUAAAGACUUUCUUUGAUUAUAAAUUAUACCCUGUAGCAGAAUAUAUAAAAAAGAGGCGUAAAU